AUGCUGAUAUUAACGAUAAAAUUCCGUGCAAUCGCUCAAGCAUAUUCCAUCAACUGUACCACACAAGAAAAGAACGGUGACAAAUCCACCUUUUUAUGGUCAAUAGAGUCAGAUGAUGGCCGUAUUAAAAGCUAUAUGUUCGGCACAAUACACGUACCAUUUACAGAAGUUUGGGAACAUGUAUCAGAACGUGUAAAAGAAGCAUUUCAAAAGGCGAAUUCAAUCGUAUUUGAAUUGGAUUUGCAUAAUGUAUCAACGGUAGAAACGUUGAUGGAAUGUAAAAAUAUGCCGAACGGUUUCGACGUUAGUCAAUAUUUACCAACAAAACUUUAUGCACGACUCAAGCAUUAUAUUCGAAAAUAUCGACAGCGUUUAGCGAAUUGGGCGAAUCGUGUUGGUGAAAGCAAGGUGGAGGCAAGAAAAAGGGCUCGACAUAUCUAUAACAUAACAAUUUCAGGUGGAUGGGAGCAACGUCGUCCCGUAUGGUUAUUAUUUCUUCUCUAUCAACUCAGUGAACGUUUUGCUCAAAACGAACACAUUCCCAUGCUUGAUCUCUAUUUAGCGCAAUCUGCAAUUGAUACUAACAAACGACUGCUUUCAAUUGAAACACCAAUCGAGCAAUGCAAUCCGCUUAGUUCAGUUGAUCGUAAACAGUUAGUUUUUGCGAUCAACUAUACAUUAUCCUAUUUGGAAUUUGAACAGGAGAUUUUCUCGAAACGAAAUAUGCAAAACGAUAUAAUAGUGAAUGCAAAAGAUGGAUUACCCGACUUAAUACACCACUAUAACUGUGGAUCUUUUCCACUACGACAAAAUCCAUCUACUACUGCCACCACCAGUAUCUUCAAUAGCAAUAAUAUCAAUGGCAACGCUAUUGCUGCUGAUACCAUUCAACAACAACCCCGACGUCGCUUCCAAAAAUUCACCGAAUUAUGGAUUCGUGAAAUACCUCCGCGUCGUCCUCCUCCAGUGACGGUCACAAAUCCAAACGUUAAUGUCAAAUCUAAUCCCAAUAUGGAUAUAUCGGUCUCAGUUAUAGAGCUAUCUGCUGCUGCUUCUUCCUCAGCCGCCACAGCGUCAAGCACUAGCGCAAGUUCAAGCAUCAUCUUAAUUACAACAACACUAACAUAUUUAACGACAACUUCGUCCUUUUUCCGAUUGUUCUUCGUUUGUUAUCAACAAUUUCUUACUUGUACUUCUGCCUACUCCUAUUUGAUCAUUACUAUCAUUCUGCGCUCUAGUCCAAUCACAUAA